UGCUGAAAUUUCAGUAAGAGGGGAAAAGAGAGAGCUUGUGAGAGACAGCAGAGCGGUCCCAGGCUUCCUCAUCUCGUUCACGUCAGAGGCAGGAACCGACUGUGCUAAGGCUGUUGGCUCAACACGCAGAGACAGAGCCGGAGCAGCCUCAGAGAUAGGGAAAGAAGAGGUCCUCCCUGACCCAAGAAAUUACCACGAGUGGAGUAAAGCCAUCUGACUUUUUGGUCUUAUUUUGAUUGCUUCUUCUCUCCUUCUACUGGUAGACCUACCAGCUGCUGUUUCGUUUCUUUCGUGAAGCCUUCUCUCUGCCUCUCAGAAAAAAAAAAAGAGGAAGGCAAGAGAGGGAGAGAGGUGGGCGCUCUAGGUGAGCGCAUCAGCUGGCUCCAGCCCGAACGUACAAGAAUUCUCUGCUUUGGAAGCUGCUCUAGCUCUCUGCUCUCCGGCUACCCACCCCCCAACCUGGGUGUCUGCAUCAACUCAUUGCUCAGAGGUCGGAUCUCAUCUGGAGUUAGAGUCACAGAGCACGUGGUCAAGAGAAACCAUCAGAGAGGACGACAUCACGAGGUACUGUGUGCUGUGGACCUUUUCCUAUCCAUCAUGCCAAUGGCCAGUUUAAGGCUUUCAGUAGGAAUUGCGUAUUCCCCGGGACCCGAGACCUUUUGUCACUGAAACAACAGCCUUGGGGAUACUCUCCAUGAAAUGAGUUGGCCAACAGCGUCAGCUCCUCUGGGCUUCACAUGGUCCCUGAAAUCACUCAAGAAACCAGAUUCCUAUAACUCCAUGCUGGCUACUACUGAGAGCUCUUGAACCAAGGUCUGGCUGAGAAGAUGGGGAUCGAUGGGGAAACAGUAGUCUUGAAGAACAUGCUCAUUGGUGUAAACCUGAUCCUAUUGGGAUCCAUGCUCAAGCCUUCUGAGUGUCGGCUGGAGGUGACUACAGAAAGGGCUCAGAGACAAACUGUGGAGGAGGAAGGAGGGGCUUCCAGUUACAACACUUCCAGCAAGGAACAGCCUAUGGUCUUCAACCAUGUGUAUAACAUCAACGUGCCACUUGAAAGCCUCUGCUCCUCAGGGCUGGAGGCCUCAGCUGAGCAGGACAUGAGUGCUGAAGAUGAUACUCUGGCCGAAUACAUAGGCCAAACCUCAGACCAUGAAAGCCAGGUCACCUUCACCCACAAGAUUAACCUCCCCAAAAAAGCCUGCCCAUGUGCAAGCUCUUCCCAGGUACUGCAGGAACUGCUGAGCCGGAUUGAGAUGCUGGAGAGGGAGGUGUCCUUGCUGCGAGACCAGUGCAAUACCAACUGCUGUCAGGAAAGCGCUGCCACAGGACAACUGGACUAUGUCCCUCACUGCAGCGGCCAUGGCAACUUUAGCUUCGAGUCCUGUGGCUGCAUCUGCAAUGAAGGCUGGUUUGGCAAGAACUGCUCAGAGCCCUACUGCCCACUGGGCUGCUCCAGUCGGGGUGUGUGUGUCGAUGGCCAGUGCAUUUGUGACAGUGAAUACAGCGGAGAUGACUGUUCAGAGCUCCGGUGCCCAACAGACUGCAGCUCCCGAGGGCUCUGUGUGGAUGGGGAAUGUGUCUGUGAAGAGCCCUACACAGGCGAGGACUGCAGGGAGCUGCGCUGCCCUGGGGACUGUUCAGGGAAGGGGCAAUGUGCCAAUGGUACCUGCCUGUGCCAAGAGGGCUAUGCUGGUGAGGACUGCAGCCAGCGAAGGUGUCUGAAUGCCUGCAGUGGGCGAGGUCACUGCCAGGAGGGGCUCUGCAUCUGUGAGGAAGGCUACCAGGGCCCUGACUGCUCAGCAGUUGCCCCUCCAGAGGACUUGCGAGUGGCUGGUAUCAGCGACAGGUCCAUUGAGCUGGAAUGGGACGGGCCGAUGGCAGUGACGGAAUAUGUGAUCUCUUACCAGCCGACGGCCCUGGGGGGCCUUCAGCUCCAGCAGCGGGUGCCUGGAGAUUGGAGUGGUGUCACCAUCACGGAGCUGGAGCCAGGUCUCACCUACAACAUCAGCGUCUACGCUGUCAUUAGCAACAUCCUCAGCCUUCCCAUCACUGCCAAGGUGGCCACUCAUCUCUCUACUCCUCAAGGGCUACAGUUCAAGACGAUCACAGAGACCACCGUGGAGGUGCAGUGGGAGCCCUUCUCUUUCUCCUUCGACGGGUGGGAGAUCAGCUUCAUUCCAAAGAACAAUGAAGGAGGGGUGAUUGCUCAGCUCCCCAGCGAUGUUACGUCCUUUAACCAGACGGGACUGAAACCUGGGGAGGAAUACAUCGUGAAUGUUGUGGCUCUAAAGGAACAAGCCCGGAGCCCUCCUAUCUCUGCCAGCGUCUCCACUGUCAUCGACGGGCCCACACAGAUCCUGGUUCGAGAUGUCUCUGAUACUGUGGCUUUUGUGGAAUGGACCCCACCUCGAGCCAAAGUUGAUUUCAUUCUCUUAAAAUAUGGCUUGGUGGGUGGCGAAGGCGGGAAGACGACAUUCCGGCUGCAACCUCCCCUAAGCCAGUACUCCGUGCAAGCCCUUAGACCUGGCUCGCGCUACGAGGUGUCCAUCAGCGCAGUCCGGGGGAUCAACGAGAGUGAUGCCUCAAGCACCCAAUUUACAACAGAGAUUGAUGCUCCCAAGAAUUUGCGAGUGGGUUCCCGCACAGCAACUAGCCUUGACCUGGAAUGGGAUAACAGCGAGGCCGAAGCUCAGGAGUACAAGGUUGUGUACAGCACUUUAGCUGGUGAACAGUACCACGAAGUGCUGGUACCCAAGGGCAUUGGCCCAACUACCAAGACUACUCUCACAGAUCUGGUUCCAGGCACAGAGUAUGGAGUUGGAAUAUCUGCAGUAAUGAACUCAAAACAAAGCAUUCCUGCCACCAUGAAUGCCAGGACUGAACUUGACAGUCCCCGAGACCUCAUGGUAACGGCCUCCUCAGAGACCUCUAUCUCUCUCAUCUGGACCAAGGCCAGUGGUCCCAUUGAUCACUACAGAAUUACUUUUACCCCAUCUUCUGGGAUCUCCUCCGAAGUCACUGUGCCUAGGGAUAGGACUUCAUACACACUAACAGAUCUAGAGCCUGGAGCAGAGUACAUUAUCUCCAUCACUGCUGAGAGGGGACGGCAGCAAAGCCUGGAGUCUACUGUGGAUGCCUUCACAGGCUUCCGCCCUAUCUCCCAUUUGCAUUUUUCUCAUGUGACCUCCUCCAGUGUCAAUAUCACCUGGAGUGACCCAUCUCCCCCAGCAGACAGACUCAUUCUGAACUACAGCCCCAGGGAUGAAGAGGAAGACAUGUUGGAGGUCCUCUUGGAUGCCACCAAGAGGCACGCUGUCUUGAUGGGCCUACAGCCAGCCACUGAAUAUAUAGUGAACCUUGUAGCUGUCCAUGGGACAGUAACCUCUGAACCCAUAGUGGGUUCUAUCACUACAGGAAUUGAUCCUCCCAAAAACAUCACAAUUGGCAACGUGACUAAGGACUCCCUGACGGUGUCCUGGAGCCCUCCUGUUGCGCCUUUUGAUUACUACCGAGUAUCGUAUCGACCCACCCAAGUGGGACGGCUAGACAGCUCCGUAGUGCCCAACACCGUGACAGAGUUUACCAUCACCAGGCUGUAUCCAGCUACUGAAUAUGAAAUAAGCCUCAACAGUGUACGGGGCAGGGAAGAGAGUGAACGCAUCUGCACCCUGGUGCACACAGCCAUGGAUAGCCCCAUGGAUUUGAUCGCUACCAACAUCACACCUACAGAAGCCCUGCUCCAGUGGAAAGCACCCAUGGGUGAAGUGGAAAAUUAUGUCAUCGUCCUCACACACUUUGCAAUUGCGGGAGAGACCAUCCUGGUUGACGGGGUCAGCGAAGAAUUCCAGCUUGUAGACCUGCUUCCUAGCACCCACUACACUGUCACUAUGUAUGCCACCAGUGGGCCUCUCAUGAGUGGCACCAUUGCCACCAACUUCUCCACCCUCCUGGACCCUCCUGACAACCUGACAGCCAGUGAAGUCACCAGGCAAAGCGCACUGAUCUCCUGGCAGCCGCCCAGAGCUGCGAUUGAAAACUAUGUCUUGACAUACAAGUCCACCGAUGGAAGCCGCAAGGAGCUGAUUGUGGAUGCUGAGGACACCUGGAUCCGACUGGAGGGCCUGUCAGAGAACACAGACUACACAGUGCUCCUGCAGGCAGCUCAGGAGGCCACAAGGAGCAGUCUCACCUCUACUGUCUUUACUACAGGGGGCCGGGUGUUCUCUCAUCCUCAAGACUGUGCCCAGCAUUUGAUGAAUGGAGACACUCUGAGUGGCGUUUACACCAUCUUCCUCAAUGGGGAGCUAAGCCACAAGUUGCAAGUAUACUGUGACAUGACCACAGAUGGGGGCGGCUGGAUUGUAUUCCAGAGGCGGCAAAAUGGCCAAACUGAUUUUUUCCGGAAGUGGGCAGAUUAUCGUGUUGGCUUUGGGAAUCUGGAGGAUGAGUUUUGGCUAGGGCUAGACAACAUCCACAGGAUAACAGCCCAGGGCCGCUAUGAGCUGCGUGUGGAUAUGCGGGAUGGACAGGAAGCAGUCUUUGCCUACUAUGACAAGUUCGCUGUGGAGGACAGCAGAAGCCUGUACAAGCUCCGUAUAGGAAGUUACAAUGGCACUGCAGGAGACUCCCUCAGCUAUCACCAGGGACGUCCUUUCUCCACUGAGGACAGAGACAAUGAUGUUGCAGUCACCAACUGUGCCAUGUCCUACAAGGGUGCUUGGUGGUAUAAGAACUGCCACCGGACCAACCUCAAUGGGAAGUAUGGAGAGUCCAGGCACAGUCAGGGGAUCAACUGGUACCAUUGGAAAGGCCAUGAAUUCUCCAUCCCCUUUGUAGAAAUGAAGAUGAGGCCCUACAUCCAUCGUCUCACAGCCGGGAGGAAACGGCGAGCCUUGAAAUUCUGAGCACUGGGCAGCCAGCCACCAGCCAAACAAUCUUUUCUGUCAUUUGUUUGUAUUUUAUAAUAUGAGACAAGGAGGGAGGGGCAACAGUAAUGUGCUUCACAACAUAUUCAGACUAUCUGAAGGAAGCAGGGAUCAGUUAGGCACCAUCUGCUCCUAGUUUCUGCUGCCUUGGAGCCUGACUCACAGGCUAUGUGCUCCCUGCUAACCAGUCCUGACUGAUCACCCCCCCCCCUUUUCUCACAGAGGAGGAAAACUGGGAAGUUAAAAAAAGAAAGAAGUACAGAUUGAUACGGUGAUGGGCACACACACACACACAACUUUCUCUAUCCCUUCUUCUGAGAUACCUUCCAACUUCUAUGUAAAAGUAACCUGGUCACCACUGACUAUGGCCAGGUGACCCCACCAUCCCAGAAAAGCUUCAAGAAAAAACCUUGGCCAAUCUUCUCUUAAGAGGGAAGAUGCCCACCACACCCUGGCGCAACUGUCCAAGUUCAUUGCAAUGGGCUAAAGAUUCUCACAUUCUGACAGUUAACUUUUAGGAGGCAUGGCCUCUCUUCCAGCCCCAUCCUCUCCUUACUUCUGUCCCCUAGAUCCUAUUAGACCUACCAACCCAACCAUUGUUUAGAACUCCAGUUACCAAAGCUAUCUGAACCUUGCCCUGGGUCAUGCAAUAGCUGUGCCCUGUGUGUCGUAAGUCAUUGUCAUGGAAUAACUUUCUUUGGUGGUGAGACUUGGGGGAAGGGUAUUGUUUCUAGCACAUUUGUAUCAGACAUUGACAAAGGACAGGAGUGGAAAUAAGGGCACCUACCAGUGAGCGUGUAGGUCUGAUCAGAAACGGACCUGACUUAGUGUUGCCUUGUGCAUUUGUGAUCUCAUUUACCAUGGAUUCUUUCCCUGACUCCUAACUCAAGGUCUCUAGCUCUAUACUCAGUCAGGCUAUCCUCAGUGCAAGUGGCUUCAGAAGAAUCAUGGGGGAAGUUGUAUGAGCCAUUCCCCUGACUGAUUACACUGGGAGGAGACAGCAUGCUUGUCCUGGUCUCUUGUUGUUUGCUUUGAUCCUAUAGUAAACAGAACUGACCCCCUCAAUGAGGUGAGACCAUGAGAAACAUUUUCCAUCUCCCUCUGUUAUCCUGCUUUGAGAAGAAAAAUGAAAAGUGCCAGAGGAAAUUGCAUUUAGAACUGCAAAGGUGAGCGGAGUGAUCUCCCCACCCCCACGUGAUUUGAUUUUUUAAAGCCCCGGAGAACUGGAGGCUAUAGAAGCCAUGACCUUUCAGCUUCUCCUUAAAUAAAAAUCCAGCCAGUCUUUCCUGCAGCAUCUGCCCAAACUGUGCCAAGUUUCUCAGCUGUCUUUUCCCUGUCUCCCUGUCCUCUCCCAUCUCUGAGGACCCAGUGUGUGCUAAUAGGGCCCAUGGCUACUGUCUGGGGCAUCUUAUACCUGUGCCAACCAGUUGGCAUCUUGAAAUAGAAACAGCCACCAUCUAACCAAGCUUUGAGCCACAAGCAAGAGUCCUCCUGGGCUGAUGAUCACCUGCUUAGCAUUGUGACAUUGGGGUUAGCUUGCCAUUUUUCUGUCACCUCCCCUGUCUCUGUGAUAUAGAAUCACUGACCUACACAAGGCCAAAAACACAGGUGGAGUUUUCACUUUUUAAUCCAUCAUGGGCUUCAAGCAGCUAAGAGAAGGAGGAAGAGGGGGGAAGCCUAUAGGUUAUCUGAUAUUUAACUAGAUGUGGGCCAACUGUGCAGGACUGGAGGUAAGCACACUUAAAGAGGGAAUUGAAGGGUGUGAUAUGAGGUUGCCUCUGCCACCAUGACAUCUACAAGCCCUUGAUGGGUUUGUUCAAAUCUCUGGGCCUUGGUUUCUUCACCCAAUUGAAUCAGAGUUUAGACCAAAAGGAUUUCUAAUGCCCCUUUAGGUUUAACCAUCUGUAAUAGGAAAGCAGAAUCAAAGUUGGUCUUGGUGAGUCAUCGCAAUUAAGGGAAAGCCAGAAUCCCUGUGAAGGACAUGGGGAAAGGGAGGGAAAGAGAAAAGGGGGAAAGAGACUGACUCAGAACUCUGUGUUUCUCAUAGACACCACACACACACACACACACACACACACCACAUACACACAUAUACACAUACACACACACACACACCACACAUACACACCACACAUAUACCACAUACACACACACACACACACAAAAUGCUAAAAGAAGCUGAAGCCAUUACGUCUAUGAAAGCAGAGCCAAGGACCUGGAUGUGCCUGAACAGCCCACCUCAUCAAGGGAGCUGAAAUGGAACAAGAUUUUGUGUCAUCACUACCAGGAAAAAUCAAGAAACAUCAAUGGAAAUCCAAACCUGCUUUUCAUUGGAACUAUUUUAUCCUGCAGAACAUUUUUUUUUAUAAAUAGCAUCGGCUGCAUCGCCUAGAUUCAUUUAAAGGAAUUUUAAAGUAAGAAAGAAACUUCAAAGAUCAGCUCACCCAACCUUCUGUAAGAGGGUUUAGAGAACCCUUUUGUUAAGUAGAGUGAGUCCCCCCACACUCUAUGCUUUGAAGAGUCUGUCUUCUCAGGAUCAACGGGGAGCUUCUCUCAAAGCCUCUGGACUUGACUGGCUUCACUUCUUCCUUCACUGGGCUUCCUAACUGAUUCCAGUUUUUAAUCUGCUCCUUCUCACGCCUGCUUUUGUCCCUGAGGAGCAGGCAGCACUACUUGGCACCCAUCCUAAUCACCCAAGAUUCCCAUAAGGGACUCAGAAUGACUGAACGGGGGCCCUAUCAAGAAGAUGGUGCAACUGUAGACAUGUUAGAAGGUACGCUUACACAAAAACCCCAACAACAACAAUAACAGUAACAACCAGUCACCAGAGACUGCCAUGGAUUCACUGCCUAGAAUCAAGAGCCACUCUCCCUCUUUGCAUGCCCCAUCAUAGGAAGAUUGUUUCUAUACUGAGUUCUCAUCUUCCCAGGGCUACUUCUGGAAGGUGAAGACAUUACCUGUGAAGACUCUUUGUUAGGGAUGACAACCAUGUAGAAAGCGUUGGCCUUCAGACCCGACUUACUGAAUAAAGGGAGACUUGGUGAGAGAGGCAAAGUGGUGCUCCCAGCUCCCAGAUGCCCACUGAAUCACUUAUGAGAAGUAGGGCAGGAGGCAGCAUAAUUCUUAUGAUUCUGUUAACCUCAGACCAAACCAGGACCCAGAACCCAUUUGUAUAGAAGACUGAUUUAUAAAAGAACAGCAACAUGGCAGCAGAGAAAAUUGGAGCAAGCUCCCAGAUAUCUAAAUGUCCCCUUCCCCCAGCUACUUAACACCCUAUCUCUAAAGAGGUGAGAGUCACCCCUAAUAUCCUUGUUGCCUUCCACUGGGGAGCCAAUCAACUCCUCCGAGAUAGAAAAUUCUCAUUUCAAAAGCAAAUUUAAAGGACCAAGAUUGCCUUGCCAGUAAACUCGAUGCCUAUACAAACUGUCCUAAACACAUCUUUACCUUUAAAAUUCAGUAUCAGGACAGAGAUAGAGAUUAUGGGACAAGAGGACAUUGUAGAAUCUUUUCAACAAGCUUUUUCGAAGCAUCCAUUGAGAAAGGUUUGAUAGUUUCCCCUUGGUCCUUUUCUAUGGAGAAAGAAAUGUGGGAUUUGUGAGAGCUGUGAACAUUUGAAAACAGCCCCGGAGGCAUGGCCUUUUCUUUUCCUUCCCCCUAGGAUUUCAGAAAGGGGGCAAAGCACUUCCCCGGGAUACAUGCUUUUCUAUCCAUUGCUUGAUAAUCAUUGCAUCUAACUCCUUGAUUGCAUUUCUGUCCCUCUGAAGACAGAGAGGGAAGAUCACUUUUCACCUCUAUUUACAUCCUACUGUCUACACUGAAAUAUUCGUAAGAAGGACUAAUAUCCAAAUAAAUCCUAGCAGAGGUGAGAUAAUGCUUAGCUUACCUCAAACUUGCCAAGGCUACACAAAGAUGCUUGGUUUUCAUCCAUCCUCCCUGGGUGGUUUCUUUCAUUCAUAUAACUAAGCAUUGAAGGUCCACUCCUCUGGGGGAAAGGGGACAGAGCUGGCUUCUGGGCUGAGGCUUGUAGCUUCUCUUAUUAUCCCACUGGGCCCCCAGAACAAAUUUCUGAAGUUCUUUGACUUGCCUCUUCCCUCUAAGCCUUUGCUUCUUCCACACCCCAACUCUCCCAUAUGCAUCUCUCCUAAUAAUACUACAGCAUUUUGGCACUGCCAGGCAAAAUGAGAACUCGCAGAAUGAAUGAAAACUCCUCAGAUUACAGAGGGAAACAACUCUGAUAAGAAAUGUCACAGGGAUGAGAGGAGGCUUCGGUUUUCAGAGGAUGUGUGUGUUGGUACAGAUGAGGGUCCCUUUGGAAAGAGUGGCUUUGGUUCAUCCUAACUAAAUCCAGCGUGGAUUUAGUUAAACCAGUUUUGUCUUCUUCAGGAUCUGAGAAAAUAGCUAGGGGAAAAAAAAGUAAGUUAAAUAAAAGAAGCUGAUGGAGUCUUAUAAAAUAAAAACAAACCUUAGAGGCCCCACAGUGGAAACACAAAAACCACAUGAGUGGCCACAUCAUCAGCAUUGGCUUCUCAAACUCUCGCCUCAUCUAAAGAGCCUAUGCAUUCGCCCCUGCGCCUGAGAUAGGAGGCCAUUAGCAGCCUUAUGCACAGAAGUAAGAAGGAUGGCUUGCUUUGCUGCUCGACCGACCAAUCUUGCCUCGACCUCACAUUUCCCUUCCCGGCUAGUACAGCCUGGUUUGUCAUCUCAAACAUUUCUGAUUUAUUUUUUUUUUAAGGUCACUCCUCACCCAAAGCAUGACUUCAGUGCACUUGCAGCAUCCCAUUGUCCAAAUGAUGUCCUUGGCAAACCUCACAGUCUUUGGACAGUGUUAUGUUUUCUUCCCAAACAGGAAAUCUUUAUUCCUUCCCCAGCUUAAGAAGACUAUUGCAGGAUAUCCAUACAACAAGGUCCUGGCUCCUAAGAUCUCCUCUAUUAACUUAAUAGAACAUCUCCUACUAUUUGAGUGGUAAGACUAGGUUAAAGCUUAACGUCUAACUUGGAAAUAUUGGAUCCUUUCAGCCCCUGACCCCGACACUCUCAUGGGUAUGGUCAUUGGCUAAGUUGCUACCAUGGCCUCUGAAGAGAAAGUACAAGAUUCUUUGAGAUGUAGGUACAUUGUACUCAGGAAGCCUGGGCCACCUCAGGACGGGGUUAGUGUUGUAGGGCAGACUUAUAGUAAGAACUGUUUUUUUCUUGUCAGUGCUUUUACAACCCACAGAGAAACCUGUAGCCUUUAAACAAUCUGUCAUUGAACACUAAUAUACUCAACCCUGUCUCCUAGACCAACAUUAAAGAACACUCCUUCAGAGGCAAAGGACAUUCUGGACAUCACCUAACAUGACUCUCUAUGCCAUGCUCAAGGAAAGCAAGGCUGACGUAGGCAGGCAGCUUGCUUGAGUUCACAGCCAGUUAGACAUAGAAAUGGGGGUAGCCUGGUACAUUUUUAAAAAAUAUCUGUCUCUCCUAAUAGAAACUGAGAAAAACAGUAUUUAUUGUAUACCUAUUGAUCAGAUUCUGUGCAAAGGGCUUCCCAUCAAUUACUUUAUUGAAUCCUUACCCCAAUCCAGAGUAAGUUUUAAUCAUUUUCUAGAAGAAGAAAGUGAAAGCAUGGGAUUGUUAAAUAGCAUGUGUGAAGUCACACAGUUUCUGAGGAGUACCACUGUCUCUGUCUAAUACAAGCAGCCUUAGUUCUCCCAGUUUGUAAAGCUGCUGUCACAUUGACCACAUGGCUGCCAUCUUGAACUCACUACCAUUCUCAUGAUGUUUCUAACUCCAUCCACCUCUCCUUUCCCUUUUAACAAAUGGAAAUUUUUGCUUGUUUUUUCAUGCUAUGCUGCAGAGAAACCCUCAGCCCCAACUGUCAGAAGUAGUAAGAAAUAGCCCAGAAACAAUUCUUUUUUCUUUCUCUUUAAAGUUUUGAAGAUGGUGUCAGACACAAACAUAAAUUCCCACCCCAGGGCCUAGGCAGUACAGCUGCUUCUCUUUUCUAACACAAACCCCUUUCCAAACUAGGACAAAAGAUAGAACCAGUAUCAAGGAAGGAGAAGCCACAGGAUAACACUGUGUAAGUACCUAGGGUAUCAGUUUGACCCUAGAGUUUGCAAAUGAGUGUGUUCGAACAACUGCAAACAGCAGAAAAUGCAAAUAUCCUGUGAAUGUCUAGGCUAAAACCAACAGAUUGCAGGGAAAAUGAACACGACCACCUCCCAGAUCCCAGAAUUCCCUGAAGGAACAUGGCAGGACAUUUGUAAAGACUGGAGCUACAAGAAGUCAAGAGAGGAGUUCUCUGUGUUUAUUUUCUCAUUUCCUUUCUCUCUCUCCUUACCCAUCUCUCAUCCCAGUGAAAGAGAAGUCUAGGAGAACAGUUUGCUACAAUGCUGACUAGGUUUGCUACUUUGGAAGAUCUAAAAAGAUAUCAGAAACUUGGUGGCUUCAUCUAUCAGACAACCACUCCCAACACUGAGUUCUGUUUCCCUCUUAAGAUAUUUAUGCUAAACGGACUAGGUCUUCCCAAGAGUGAAUUGAGGUCCCCUCAAAUGGUAACUCCUCUGGAACACCCCAGACACUUAUUAGAUACAGCAAGCACUACAGUUCCUGCAAAACUGUCUUUCAGCAGAGGAAUCCUAUGCUACCUACUUUCUUCACUAUCCUUCCUUAAGGCAUAGCGAUGCUACAGGGACUCACAAACAAGGGUCAGAAUCUGUAAGAGUCUAGUCCUUCCUGUCUCUCCUCUCUUUAAUAUACAUGCUCUUCCCUCCUAUAUUUACACACACACACACACACACACACACACACACACACACACACACACACACCCCAAGUACCCUCAAGCCUAUAGAAAUUUCCAGGUGCCCAAAACAAGUCACUGUGACUCUGAGGGGUUUUAUUGCCUGGGGCUCCAAGAAGAUGACACUCAUCCUGGUGGUCUCUCAAUUGCUGUCCCGAGAAAUCAUAAGCACCAAAUCCUCCAUUCCCUCCGAAUUUGAAUUUGUGGUUUUAACCUUUAAUAGCCUUUUUGGGUAAAAUAACAAAGACGAACGAAUUUACUGACUUUGUAGCUACACUGUUCUUGAAAAGGCUUUUUUUAGAAAAAAAAAAGGCCAGAAGGAAGAAGAAUAGAAGGGGUAUAUGGUAUAGUCUCAUCAGGUGGUGCACACACUGAUGAAAUCAAACAAAAGGCUAUAGAGGAUUGAAGAGGGAGAGCCAACUUGUUCCAUCCUUUCAUGGCGCUGUAGCUCAAAGACUGGAAUCUGCUUGUUAACCAUUGUUAACUAGUAUUUUUAGUCCCAGUUGCUUUUAGCCUCUGUAUAGUUCCUUUUUUAAACACAUUUUCUAUACGUUAAUAAAAGAUCC